CUUAAAAGACGGUGCUGCUUCUUCCUGAUUCCUGUGAGGAUGCAGAAUUAAUUAUUGUAUCGUGUGGUGUCGGGAAUAAUGAACAACAAACAGUUGAUUAAUAACAGGUGUCGUUUUUGACGUAGAGUGGCCGAUUAUGAACGAAUCGCCGCGAUCCAGUGGUGCCGAUGGAUCAACCGAUAAUGAUGCUACGACAACAGUAAAAAUUAUCAGCGACUCAUCGACGGUUACACAAGAAAGAAAUAAGAACAAUAGAACAAGUGACUAUCAAAAGAACGGAGAACAAGAGAGUGCCGGUAUUGCGGGCGACAAUUCUAGUUCCAAAGGUGGCAUUUUGCAUAGCUUUUUCCUGAAACUGGAUUCAAGAGUUGCUAACGGCGUCGAUAUUUUAAAAAAUCAACGCGAUAAUAUAACGUACGGCGGAAAAUACAUGGACCGCUACAAAAACGACUUUUCACACGACCCUCCCACCAGACAGUCCCCGACGAGUGCUAGGUACAGGGACGUUAACGGAAGGGUCCUCAAAACUCCUUUACGAAACAAUGACAACGGUUCGAGUCCUACUGGACUGGAGAUUGGCAGCGAUCUCGAAAAGUACCAAGUGGGCAGAAUGAGUCCUUCAACUCCCUCUUCCUUCGGCCGUUUCAGAAACGAACAAGGAACUUCCGAAAUCUUACCUCCCAGGCAGCUAAAGAAUCCUUUGGCCCAAAAGACAAUGAAUUCUUUAACUGGGACCAACGUUCUCGAGAAUAGCGCGCUACUGGCCGGCAAACUACCCGAUUCUAAUGACAGAACUGUCAAUUUGAGGGACAUUCUCGCGUCGUCCCCCAUUACUAGUCCAACAAGUGGCAACAGAAAGAUUUUUUCCACCCGCAACAGUAACGCCACGCACGAACUGAACAAGGCGGAGAACGUGUCCCAACUAACGGGAUUCAAACUUGUUUCGGAUGUAAAGGCCCUCUUCAACAAACAAAAUAACGACUCUCGUUCUUCCAGUUCUCCGAAACACGAAAAGAAACACAAGAAAGACGAUGACAUCAAUAUAUAUUCAAUUCAACCGCCUCAACAGGGCCGCGAAAGCAUCAGAAGAACAGCAAACAAUAGCUUUUCAAAAAAUAUGAAGGAUGAGAUGCCGGCCCUGGAUUCAAUGAACGCUCUCCAGAAUGUUCAGAGGUUUAUCGACGCGUGCGAAGAAGAGGCCGUUAAAAAUGAGAACCUCAAAAAGUUCGAGGAACUUCUUAAAAAGAACCAGGAUAAAAACAAGGCUAAUAAGGAUAUAAGUAUACCUGACAUUAAGAAAGCCGUUCAAUCGCCCAAGGUGGAACAGGCCAAAAAGUUCGUUGAGCAUAUCCACGAACCUUUGAAGAGUUAUAAUGAAGUCGAAGAUCUACUGAGACCAGGAGUUAGCGAUAUGGAAGCAGACAACAUGGAAAAUUUUGAUAGGGGACAAAAAACUAGGAAUAGUACCAGCGGUGUAAGACCCAACGAAUCAAAAGCCAAACCUUUGAGUAGAACUGCGUCUGAUGCCCAGGAACGUCCGCAAAUCGUUAGGAAGAAACCAGUUCCUAAAACCAGGCAGAGAAAUCUAUCAGUAGAAUCGCAGGGUGGAAAUGAGGCUGGCGUGGAGUCGACGCGAAUAGCAGCGACCCGAAAUAGGACGAGGGCGGGCGACGAACCAACCAUCGGAAAAUACAAGCUGCUUAAAACAAUAGGCAAAGGUAACUUCGCAAAGGUAAAACUAGCGAAACAUGUACCGACCGGCAAGGAGGUGGCCAUUAAAAUAAUAGACAAAACACAACUCAAUCCUGGAUCACUACAAAAACUUUUUAGAGAAGUAAGGAUAAUGAAAAUGUUGGAUCAUCCAAAUAUAGUGAAACUGUUUCAAGUGAUCGAGACGGACAAAACGUUGUACCUGGUGAUGGAAUAUGCUUCCGGCGGCGAGGUAUUCGACUACCUCGUCCUGCACGGCAGGAUGAAGGAGAAAGAAGCGCGAGCGAAAUUUCGACAAAUCGUCUCGGCUGUGCAGUAUUGCCACCAAAAAAGGAUAAUACAUAGAGACUUAAAGGCUGAAAAUUUACUGUUGGACAGUGAAAUGAAUAUAAAAAUAGCAGACUUUGGUUUCUCAAACGAAUUCACGCCAGGAAAUAAGCUAGACACUUUCUGCGGAAGUCCCCCCUAUGCUGCCCCGGAACUCUUCCAGGGUAAAAAGUACGACGGUCCGGAAGUGGACGUGUGGUCCUUAGGCGUAAUCCUUUACACGUUAGUAUCCGGCAGUUUACCCUUCGACGGUACGACCCUGCGUGAGCUUAGGGAGAGGGUGCUUCGAGGCAAAUACCGAAUUCCGUUCUAUAUGAGCACGGACUGUGAGAAUCUACUGAAAAAGUUCCUGGUGCUCAACCCGGCCAAAAGGGCGUCGCUCGAGACUAUCAUGAAGGACAAGUGGAUGAAUACGGGGUAUGUGGGAUACGAAAACGACGAGCUGAAGCCAUACAUGGAACCGGAACCGGACAUGAACGACCACAAAAGAAUCGAAGCCCUCGUGUGUCUCGGUUACAACAGGACCGACAUCGAGAGCUCGUUGGAAACUGCCAAAUACGAUGACGUCUACGCGACAUACCUAUUACUCGGAAGGAAAAGCACAGAUCCGGAAAGCGAUGGCAGCCGCAGUGGUAGCAGUCUCUCCCUCAGGAACAUAGCGGGUCAGGCGAACGUGAACGCACCCCAAGCGACGGCGCAGAGUCCAUCACAUCGAGGUGUGCAUAGGUCUAUAUCUGCCACUAAUGCCAAACCUAAUAGGAGAGCUUCAAGUGGAGGUAGUUUAGCACGAUGUGUGUCUGUUUGUGUGUGUUUUUUCUACUGUCUCUAUCUCUCUUUUUGUCUGUAUAUCUACUGUGUGGGGUUUAUGUGUGUGGUGCGUCCCUCCGGCAUUAGCUGCGUCGUCAUUGUUCAAGAUUAUUCUUCUCGUUCAGGACAAACCACUGAGGCGUCGCCGGAGGGACGUGCCUUGGCCGCGCUAUCCCCUACGUCCAGUCCGUCCACCCCCCACAAAGCACUGCCCAACCAAUCAUUGUCCCCCCACGCGAUAUCAUAUUACUCCCAAUUCCAACCGUUGUUGGCCGACUGCGUGAUACUCUCCCCCCUCCUUCGCACUCUUUCGCUGACGAUGACGGCCAAGAUGGCGACUACAAAGGCAGAGCUUAACAACCAAAAUGGCGGACAAGAGAAGAUGCGGUAUCCGCCUCAACUAGCCGGUCUGCACGAGGAAGGGUUAGAGCCAGGUCAGGCUGGUAGUAAACAUGGUGCCUCGCCUGUCGUUGGAGUCGGUGGAGCGCAAAACGACGAACAUGUCAAACCGCGUUCGUUAAGGUUUACGUGGUCUAUGAAGACAACAUCCAGUCGAGAUCCAUCGGAGAUAAUGGCUGAAAUAAGGAAAGUCUUGGACGCUAAUAAUUGCGAUUACGAACAGAGGGAAAGAUUCCUCUUGCUCUGCGUGCAUGGGGACCCGAAUACCGAUAGCCUGGUUCAAUGGGAGAUAGAAGUAUGCAAAUUGCCUCGAUUGUCGCUCAAUGGUGUUAGAUUUAAAAGAAUUUCCGGAACUAGUAUCGGUUUUAAGAACAUUGCUAGCAAAAUAGCAAACGAACUGAAGCUGUGACUGCCCAACGGAGGCCGUAAGGGCUUCUUUCAACAGCAACAGCAAAAGCAAACUCCCAGCUCUGCCGUCGCCGAGCAGUGAUCUAUCUACUAUCACUUACCUAUAAAAACCACCAAUACCGUUACAGUAAUAAUAAUGAUGUUGAUUAUUCUGGUCGAUCUCUACUACUACAACUACCAUAGGUACCAAACAAUCACACACAGCGCACCACCACGUGGAUCUUAAUUCGGUCAGUCGCAUUUCAAUAAUUAUCAAACUCGUUUUUUUUUUUGUAUUUUUGUUCCUUCGUUUCGAUCAAAGUUAUAAUGUGUCCUGUUUUGGUUAAUCGGAAUGCAUAAUAAAAAUGGUUCUAUCUAGUAACAAACAGUCGCUGCUCCCGGUAGUUUAAUUGUACAUUUUUCGGAAUUUGGUUCUCAUUUGUGUUACUUGACUUGUGAUAUUAAAUUUACGAUGAGGGCGAGGAAAUUUCUCUAUUCUCUCCUCGAGGUGGAUGUAACUAAAUAUUUAUUUAAAAACUUUUCCAUACGCCGUCCUAAUUUAAAAUAGUUAAUGUUAAUUUAUAAAGUUUCGACAAAUGAAAAAUAAUUGUAAGUUUCCAAAAAAAAAUGGGGUUUAAUUAUCCAAAUGCUCAAAAUAAAUGCAGUAAAAUUAGUAGUACUUAAAUGGUAGUAGUAAAACUAUUGUCAAUGUUAUCAUAUGCUUUUGACUGUUCAAACUUUUCCAGUUAAUGCCAGAUAAUCUUUAUUAAUGAUUUAAGAUUAAUAUCAAAUAAGAAAAAUCAUCAACUUGUUAAUUUAUUAUUAGGUACUAGUAUGCUCAAUUGCAGGUACUUUAACUAUAAACUCUUAACAAAAAUAUUUAGAAACAAAACGGCCCUUAAAUGGUUUAUUGACGUUCCAUGAUUAAAUUAUUUUUUUACGUCCACCGUGUAAUCAGGACAUCUCUUCACCAAACCUCUUUAAAGAGAUAGAGUUAUACAUACAGCGAGAAAGAGAGAGAGAGAGAGAGAUAGAGAAAAAAGAAGGGUAAACCCAGAGACACUCGUGUUGAUUUUAUGAGCUCUUCUUUGCCUUUCCCGUCUGCUCCCCUAGCCGCGUUUAAGUUGGAUGUUGCAGCCUUUAGCUAAAGUAUACAUAAUAUAAAUAUAUAUUUAUAAUAAUAUUGUCGUACAUCUACCUAUAAGUGUUAAUUUGUGAUAAGCUGCAGCAGAAAAUUAAAAUAAAAAAGAAAAAUAAAGGAUGCGCGUCAAAGACGUUUCGGCUCUGACGCGUGCGUACAUUACAUUGACACCAACUUAGCAAAAGAUGAAAACAAAUACAAACGCGAAACUGUAAACCUAUGACAGAGGAUGCAGAAGAAGAUACUAUGACGAUAACGAUAAAUAGAAGAAGUGAAAAAUAAAAGUUAAUUUUAUGCCGUUAGCUGAUAAGAAGAUACUUUUUUGAGGCUUUUUAUUGAUAGCUUUUUCGAGGGCACCGUGGCGGGCGAAACGGACGUUUGUCGGGGCUCGUAGUCGUAUUCGAGUGAGUGGGGUUAGCACUCAUGCUAAUAUGAAUUAUUAUCAAAUCCUUUUUUUUGCUAUUGAUUUUUAUUGUCUUAUUACAGCAACAACAAUUAUUAUUAAUUAUUCUUAUAACUGUUGUAAAUAAUGUGUAAAGUGCGGACGCAAAGUGUCGUGAUGUGAACGUGUGACUAGGUUUAAAACUAGGAACAAAUUUAUUUAAUUCUGUAGCCCCUUUAUGUAUUGGUCGACGUCACUCUCAGCUCUCCAACACAUUAAUUCUUCUACUUUUAUGACGAGCUUUUAAUCCUUAUUUGAUGUUUAGUUUCAUUAUUAUAUAAUUAAGUUUUCAAAACGAAAUGCUCAUUAAAAGUAGGUAAUAAACCUUUUUCAAAAAAAUAUUUAAGAUUUAUGAGCAUUUUGUCUUUAAAAUUUUCAUAAAAAAUAUUUUUUUUUAAUUUGAAAUUCUUUUGUAUUUUGAUUAAAUGAUAGUCAAAUGUUAAAUUGCAACACAACUUCAAUACCUGCAAUUCUUUUUUAAUUAUGCACAUUCUAAGUAUAUUUAAAUUUAUAAAAAUACUCGACAUGAUUUUUUACUUAUAAUAAUUCAUUCUUGAGACAGAACGCCCUUUAGUUUAAAUAGUAUAGGCAAGUAAGGACUAAUUAUUUUCCGUUAUCAAACUUAUAAGCUCCAUUUUUUUAACGUUUUAUGCGUAACUCGUUUUUUUUCUCAUAGAUCGGGAAAUAAUAUUUUUCCUGUAAGAAAAUAUUUGGUAAUUUUUUAUUAUUUUAAUAUUGGUUUUUUCAUUAAUUUGUUGCUGCGACUGUCGUCGACCAAUUACAUAAAAUAACAACUAUUAAGAUGAAUUGUAAAUAUGAUAAUAAUUUAUUAAUUGAGUUUUCGCGCUUACUGUAUUCAUUUUUCCUAUUGGGAUUUUCUCCGGAACAGUUGGUUCCGAAAAAUGAGAUGCACCAACUUUUUGAAUAGUGUAAAAUUAGAAUUAAUUUGUAAUAAUUUUACAAUCCGGUUCUUGCUAAUUGUACUUACAGAACGAGCAAAAAGAAAACGAAAAGAAGUCUACACGAAUGUCGUGACACAACUAUCACUCAAAAAAAUCAAGUAUUACACCAUUUUUUAAAUGUGUUAAAAAUAAUUUGUAAAAUGCAUUCUAGUAACCCGAGUAAAAUUAAUUAAAAGUUGUAACACUGUUAGGAGAAAUAUGAUGCUUAGAUUUAGUUAACAUAAUGAUACGCUGUAUUAUAGUAAAUGUCGCUUAAUAAAAUAAUUAUUUCGUUAUUUCACAGGGGAUGGGCACUUUUAUGUUAGUUAAAGCUACUGAUCAUUUAUAAUAAAACAUGCAAAUAAAUAGUUGUUUCUUUUAUGUUUAUGGAUUAAUUUGUUUCCCCGUGUAGGGCCGGGAUAGAAUAGCCCUACCGUAAGUCUCUGCGUGUCGUAAAAGGCGACUAAUGUAGACAAUCAACGGAAAUCUUAACGUUUGUGCAUUUUUAAUUCGAUGAUAUUCAUUCAACCUAGUUGCGAAUAAACGAAAAAGAUCUAGUAGCUGUUAGACUGUUUCAACGUGGAAGUUUUAUGAGUUGUUUUAAAUUAAAACAUAAAAUAUGUAUCAUAGAACGUCCAUUAAUUACGUGAGGUGUUUUUUUUUUAAGUUUAUACUCCUCCCUCUUGAUGAAAUUUCGCCGGAAACCCCCUCCCUCUCCCCUUUUGACCUCAUAUAUUUAAUGGACGUUCUCUCAUUAAUUUUUUUUUGUAUUUGCUAAAAGGUGUUAAAGUCGCAAUCUUUUCCUUAGUUGUAGAGAACUUGGAAAUAACAAGUUUUAAUGAGAUUUGUUUGUCUUAAAACUAUUCACUACAUUUGCUGCGAUUUUAAUAAAUUAUUAAGAAAAGUACACUUGUUAUAUAUUUACAAAACCUUUGAAAAUAGUUAAAAUACUGAAGACUAGAAUUCGUAAGAAUUGUAACUUCUGUAAAGGUAAAAUAUACGAAAAUAAAUUUUCAAAACUCAA